CGGGAUCGACCUCGAACAUGACUUCGACCUCAGGCAUACAUCUAUCCGACUUCACGAUUUCCAUCCCGAGCUUGAGUCCGUCGACUGUUAAGCAUGAGCUGAUAAGGAGCUGUGAAGCACUGGACAGAUAAAACUCACCUGGUUCUUGCCCCUUCUUUCUGUCGCACAAUUUCACCGUAGGAGUUUACCCAGGGUUUCUUGUCAGCUGUUGUUGGCUUUGUAUCCAUGGUGAAGCCAAAGCGAGGUUGUUUGCCGCCUUCCGGUUCUGGCUCGGGUUCGUUGUCCAGGUCCCGCUCGAAGUCACGAUCACGCUCUUACUCUGGUUCAGAUUCUCGCUCCAGCUCACGCUCCUGGUCUUUGUCCUCCCGAUCUCGUUCCAAAUCGUUCUCUUCAUCCUCCUCCCCUUCUCGCAGCCUCAGCUCCGUUAGCCGCAGCCCUACUGCUCAGAGAAAGAGUUCUGCUGUAGUGGCUAAGCGAGGUCGUUCUCCACACCUGCAAUCUAGAAAAACUUCUCCGCCAAGGAAGAUUUCUCCCAUUCGUGAGUCUCUUGUUCUUCACAUUGGCUCACUCAGCAGGAAUGUGCACGAAGGCCAUUUAAAAGAGAUAUUCAGUAACUUUGGUGAGGUUGUACAUGUGGAGCUGGCAAUUGACCAUACUGUUAAUCUUCCCAAGGGAUAUGGAUAUGUUGAAUUCAAGGCAAGGGCUGAUGCUGAGAAGGCCUUAAUAUACAUGGAUGGGACCCAGAUUGAUGGCAAUUUUGUUCGAGCAAGGUUCACAUUACCUCCGCGACAGGGGGUUUCACCACCCCCAAAACCUAUUGCUGCCGGCCUCGUAACCCCACCGACCUCCUUUUUCCUCAUGGACUCCUUUUCUCUUUCUCUCGCCUUCUUCUUUUCUUUCUGUUUCUUGUCAGCUGUUGUUGGCUUUGUAUCCAUGGUGAAGCCAAAGCGAGGCCGUUCGCCGCCUUCCGGUUCUGGCUCGGGUUCGUUGUCCAGGUCCCGCUCGAAGUCACGGUCACGCUCUUACUCUGGUUCAGAUUCUCGCUCCAACUCACGCUCCUGGUCUUUGUCCUCCCGAUCUCGUUCCAAAUCGUUCUCUUCAUCCUCCUCCCCUUCUCGCAGCCUCAGCUCCGUUAGCCGCAGCCUUACUGCUCAGAGAAAGAGUUCUUCUAUAGUGGCUAAGAAUGUGCACGAAGGCCAUUUAAAAGAGAUAUUCAGUAACUUUGGUGAGGUUGUACAUGUGGAGCUGGCAAUUGACCAUACUAUUAAUCUUCCCAAGGGAUAUGGAUAUGUUGAAUUCAAGGCAAGGGCUGAUGCUGAGAAGGCCUUAAUAUACAUGGAUGGGACCCAGAUUGAUGGCAAUUUUGUUCGAGCAAGGUUCACAUUACCUCCGCGACAGGGGGUUUCACCACCCUCAAAACCUAUUGCUGCCGGCCUCAUGGCGCCAUUUGAUAACUCUCAAUCUCCCUGGGCUCCAUCUCCAAUAGAUCUGGUUCUCCCUCGUCCCCUAUUAUAUGGAUCUGAUUCCUUUUUGGGCUCUCUGAUGGGGUUGGUGAGUGAUUGGGCCUACUCCCCUAUUGGACUUGUGCUCGUAUCUGGUCCGGAUUGCCCUGGGUUGCUGGCCCAGGCUCGUAAAGUCAGGCCAUCUUUUGAGCGUAUGGGUUGA